AUGGAGAUAGAUCUGAACCGGGACGCCCGCGACGGCGACGCGGAGAGGGUCGCCGCCCCGCAGAGUAACCGCGCCGUCGGAGUGGAGGUCGUCGCCCAGGAGGGCAACGGCGAUGGUGGCAUGGUGGCCGCUGCGGAGGGCGUCGGCGCUGCCCCGGAGACGGUCGGCGUCGGCGCCGAGGAGGGCGUCGCCCCGGAGAAGAACGGCGUCGGCUCCGGUGGCGAGAAGGAGGUCGCCUCGGAGGGGAGCGGCGCCGGCGCCGAGGUGGGCGCUGCCGUCGAGACGAACGGCGUCGCAGUUGACGUCUGGAUCUGCCACCAGUGCCGUCAGAGAAAAACAGGGCUCACGGCAGCUUGCAGAGGGUCCAAGAAGAAUGGCAAGUGCACUCUCAGAUAUUGCAAGAAUUGCAUACGUAACAGGUACCCUUUGAUUGCGGAUGAGGUGUUGAAGGAGGAAGCCUGGGAAUGCCCCAAGUGCAGGAAUGACUGCAACUGCAGCAAGUGCAAAAAGAGGAGAGGGGAGGAGCCAGCAGGACCAAUGGUCCAUUCUGUCAAGAGACCGAAGGGCGACCUGCGGAGAAUUGAGAGCACCGAUGCUCUCAAGGAUGAAAUAGUCAUACCCAGAGGUACUCUUGUCAAGAGACCGAAGGGCAACCUGCGGAGAAUUGAGAGCACCGAUGCUCUCAAGGAUGAAAUAGUCAUACCCAGAGGUACUCUUGUCAAGAGACCGAAGGGCAACCUGCGGAGAAUUGAGAGCACCGAUGCUCUCAAGGAUGAAAUAGUCAUACCCAGAGGUACUCUUGUGACUUGCGUUGCUGGUGUAGAGAUGCAGCCUGAAGAUGUUGGUGCCGCCAUUCAAUUUUUGGAGUUUUGUCGCUCAUUUGGCGAGAUCUUCCAAAUAAGGAAGGGCCAAUCAGAAAAAAUUGUCAAAGACAUAACUGGAGAUCGUCAACUCCGAGAGGUGUCUUCAGUUGUUGCUGAGCUUCACACAAACCUGUUGUCUGUCAUAGAAAAUGGCAAUUACAAGCCUUUGAAAUAUCCAAAACAUGGGGAUACAUGGAUAAGAAGACUCAGCAAAUAUAUCACUGACUCGACAUUACACGCAAAAGAUUUCAUCCUUGACUGCUUAAGCCAUGGGCUAUCUGGAUAUAAAAAUUUGAGCCCUUCUCAUAAGCUGGAUGUGCUGAAUUCUCUGUGUGACGAGGCAUUAUCAUCUGAAAAGUUGAGGACUAGGAUUGAAGCUAGAGAGGGUGUGGUCAGACAAAAGAUCCGUGCUGCAACCGAGAAGGAAAAGGAGCUAAAAGAAAGACAGAAUGACAUGGCUAAAACAAUGGGAGGAGAAAUCACUGGCAAUGAAGAAGCUAAUAAUAUCUUUUGUCAAAUAAAAGAGGCAAAAGAAGUCAAGCAGGCAGCCAUGAAGGAAUUAGAGGAACUGGGAUGUGUCCUUAGGUCCACGCCUGUCAUGGUAGACAAAGGAGUAGCAUACUGGAAGCUGGAUGGCUAUUGUAAUAACAAUACAAACAUAUUGCGCCAAGAAUUUGACAAAGAAGCUACAAUGAAGAACCAAGACAAGUGGUUCAUGUUCAGUGAAGAUGAACAGAAAGUAGUUGAAAAUCAUGUAACUACAAGGUCCCAGCGCCCAUGGAGAAAUGAUAACCGGGUGUGA